AUGGGAGAUGCAUAUGAAGUGAUUGGUCCUACUAUUCCCUAUGCACCACCACCACCAUCUCCUACGAGUCCUGAAUUAAUACAGUCACCAUACCAACAAAUAUCAUUCCCACCACCACCACCACUAGUUCCCAUGUUUGCUUUACCCAUGAAAGAUACACCACCGCAACAUGCUGCAUUACAAACAGAUUCGAAACUGUCUCGGAGUGAACAAGGUAAUUAUCUAAUGUUGAUGCAAAUUUCAGCACUUCAAUAA